AUGACCGAACCAAAGAAACAAAUCAUCCUCAACGCCUUUGUGAUGAACACACCCGGCCAUCUUUCCCCCGGACUGUGGCGCCACCCCCGCAACAAAACAUCGCAAUACAAAAAACUUUCCUUCUGGACUGAUCUUGCGCAGCUCCUCGACAAAGCCAACUUCCACGCCAUGUUCAUCGCCGACACACUCGGUCCUUAUGACGUGUAUAAAGGACCAGCGAAUGUCGUCCCCGCAUUAGCAUCCGGUGCUCAGUUUCCCGUCAACGAUCCGCUGUAUCUCGUUCCUGCCAUGGCGGCCGUUACCAAGAAUUUAGUGUUUGGCGUUACGGCAAGUGUGACGUAUGAGAAGCCAUAUGCGCUCGCGAGGAGACUGUCGACGGUGGAUCACCUUUCUGAAGGGAGACUGGCGUGGAAUAUUGUCACCUCGUAUCUGGAUAGUGCGGCGAGGAAUCACGGGCUGAAGGAGCAGAUUCCGCAUGAUGAGCGAUAUGCGAUAGCGCAUGAGUACAUGGAGGUGCUGUAUAAACUCUGGGAGGGGAGUUUCCGUGACGAUGCUGUUGUGGAGGAUAGAGACGCUGGAGUGUAUAUCGCCAGUGAUGGUGUGCGGGAGAUCAACCACAAGGGGAAGUACUUUGACGUGCCAGGGCCGCACUUUUGUGAACCAUCGCUACAGCGCACGCCGUUCUUGUUCCAGGCUGGUGUAUCUGAGGCUGGGAAUGGGUUUGGCGGGAAGCAUGGGGAGGCGAUAUUUGUUGGUGGGCAGACGCCGGAGAUUGUGCGGGCGACGGUGGAUAAUAUUCGCAGGGUGGCCGAGGGAGAAGGACGAGAUCCGAAUCAUAUCAAGAUCAUCGUGGGGAUUAAUGUGAUUGUGGCUGCGACGGAUGAAGAGGCCAAGGCGAAACGGGAGGAGUAUCUCAGUUAUGCAGAUGAAGAGGGGGCAUUGGCGCUGUUCGGCGGCUGGACAGGCGUUGAUUUAUCCAGCCAUUCCGACGAUGAGGACUUUCGAUUCAGCGAGUCUCCGCGUGUUCAGUCGAUUGUGCGACGAUGGUCUGCGACAGUCCCAGGAACGGAGAAUCUACAAUGGACAAAGAGACGAAUCGUCGAGUUCCUCAGCGUGGGGGGCCUCGGAGCAAAGAUCGUGGGCAGUCCGACCACCGUUGCAGAUGAGUUGGAGCGGUGGGUUGAGGUUUCCGGUGUAGAUGGGUUUAACCUGGCGCAUAUUACCAAUCCGGGCACUUUCGAAGAUAUCAUCGAGUAUUUACUGCCUGAGUUGAGACGGAGGGGGAUAUUCCGGUCUGAGGUGGAAAAGGAGGGAGUCACUGCUAGAGAGGCCUAUAUUGGAUCACGGAGAUUGCCAGAAGAUCAUCCGGGGAGUAAAUACAAAUGGAGGGCCGGUGAGGAUACCCCCAAAUAUCUAGAUAGUGUACAGGUAUAG